GUUUCAACUCUCAGUCCUACAGAAAGUUAAUACUAGAUUCCUCGAGACCUGGAUCGCUGGCAAACACUAGUUCCUUUCGUGCAAAAUCAUAUCAGCAGCAAGACUAAGUGUGCUUUUAAAAUAUUGACAGUGGUUCAGAAAUGGACCAGCCAGCGGGUUCAGCAUUGCAAUAUUGAAGAACCAUGCAUGCUGCCGGAACUCCUAUCAUCUGCUCAAUUGUUCCAUCGGAGUAAAUAGAUCGUUGCCCGCUCUCUGCGACUCAGGUUCUGUAUUUCCGGUCUGUCGUUUGUGACAGAGGAGAUGUUACGUUCAUUGAUCCGGACACGGGCCUUACUCCAGCAUUCCAGAAGAGGAAUACCACAGACCUGGUUAGUAACGACACAGCAUCGAUGGGCAUCGAACCUUCCUAUGAACACAGUUGUGCUGUUUGUACCACAGCAGGAAGCAUGGGUGGUAGAAAGAAUGGGUCGUUUUCAUAGAAUACUGGAUCCAGGCUUGAAUUUCUUGAUUCCAGUUGUUGAUCGGAUAAGAUAUGUGCAGAGCUUAAAGGAGAUAGUUAUUGAUAUUCCAGAACAAUCUGCUGUUUCAUUAGAUAACGUAACUUUGCAGAUUGAUGGUGUACUAUAUUUACGAAUAGUUGACCCAUACAAGGCAAGCUAUGGAGUUGAAGAUCCUGAGUAUGCGGUAACUCAGCUGGCCCAAACAACCAUGAGAUCUGAACUUGGGAAGCUCACAUUGGACAGUGUUUUUAGGGAAAGAGAAGUAUUGAAUAUGAAUAUGGUGACUCAAAUAAAUCAAGCAGCCGAUACAUGGGGAAUCCGCUGCCUGAGAUAUGAGAUCAAGGAUAUCCAUGUUCCACCAAAAGUGAAGGAAGCCAUGCAAAUGCAAGUUGAAGCUGAAAGAAGAAAACGUGCCACUGUGUUGGAAUCUGAAGGGGCGAGAGAAGCAGAAAUCAAUAUAGCUGAAGGGAAAAAACGAUCUCGUAUUCUGGCUUCUGAGGCAACAAAAGCAGAAAAUAUUAACCAAGCUGCAGGUGAAGCAAAUGCAGUCAUAGCAAAAGCAAAGGCAAAAGCAGAAGCCAUUCAAAUGCUCUCUGAAGUACUCAGUCAACAGUGUGGAAGCCAAGCAGCCUCAUUGAGUGUAGCUGAGCAGUAUGUAUCUGCCUUUAGUAACCUGGCCAAAGAAUCCAAUACCAUUCUUCUUCCUGCAAAUACAGGUGACAUCAGUAGCAUGGUGACACAGGCCAUGGGAAUUUACCAUACCCUGACUAAUAAACCAGAAGCAACAAAGGAAGAACUGACAACGGAUGCAUUUAAUGCUGACCAAUCACCACCAAUGAUUGGUGAAAGUCAAACAUUCCCUUCACAGAAUGAAGUUCUGAAGUCAAAAAUAAUAUGAAAUUUUUACUGAAUGACGGAUGAAAAGCCCAGCUGCAGAAUGUGCCAGAUUCUGAGUGUUUUGAAAUUUGCAAUGAGAAUGUGUCAUGCUCAUUGCACACUUUUAUACUUUUGGGUGAAUUAAUUUUGUUGGAUGACUGUAGCUUAUUUUCCACCUGUACAACUGCAUCAUGGUUAUAAAAAAGGUAUUUUUGAACUAAUGGGAUCAGUAAGUUAAAUUCUUUGAAAGAGAAAAUAAAUAUUUAAUUAUUUCCUUUCCUUGUCCCAAAAUGUUUCAUUAUUUCAGUUUUUUUGGCUAAAUAGGAUCUAGUUCUCCUCUUGCUUGUUAUUGGAAAAGCCUGAGUAGGCAAGUUAUUCUGCUCGCAGGACCACAAGAGCUGUAAACUUUAGCAA